AUGCAAAACGAACAAAUGCGUUCACUGAUACACGCCUUGAACGUGCCGGGACCCAGGAAUAAUGUGACCCUGCCGGAGUUUGAUCCGGAAUCACUUGGCCACAGUUCAAGGAGCUUUUUUCUCUCCUUACAAAAACCAAUUAGAAGCAGAACAAAAAGAGAAAGAAGAAAAGGCCAAGAAGACAAAGACGACAGUGAAAAAAAGAAAUCUUCUACAUCUAAUAGACCAACAUUAAUGGUUACAAGUACAGGUUCAGAAAUUAUUCGAUGUCCCCUUUGUCUUGAAGUCCACAUAGAACCUCCGAACGAAGACUGGAUCCAAUGUAGCAUAUGUGAAGCUUGGUGGCACCACGAGUGUAAUGAUUAUCUAGGAUUUGGAGUUUUUAAGUGCGACAAUUGUUAA